GUUCCGGCUCGCCACUUUUUAAUCCUCAGACUUUUCUUUAGAGACAUUUGUGGGUUUAUUGUGGUGUAAAAAGUCUGUCUUUAGACUUUUUUCAGGUUUUGAGGAGUUACUACAGUCGACCCGAGUGGUGUAAUAAAGAAAAAUGCUAAGUUUCUUCCGGCGUGCCUGGUCCUCUGCUGAAAAGCUUGAUGGCAAAACUGUGCUGAUCACUGGAGCCAACACUGGCAUCGGCAAAGAAACAGCCAAAGACCUGGCAAAGAGAGGGGCAAAGAUCAUCAUCGCGUGCAGGGACAUGGAGAAAGGACAGCAGGCCUUGAAAGAAAUCAAGGAAUACUCAGGCAGCGACGAUCUCAAGUGCAUGAAGCUUGACUUGUCUGACACCAAGUCCAUAAGAGAAUUUGCUGAAGCCAUCAACAGAGAUGAGCCAAAACUCAACAUCCUCAUCAACAACGCCGGCGUGAUGGUUUGUCCUUAUGGGAAAACUGCCGACGGCUUUGAGAUGCAGAUCGGCGUCAAUCACAUGGGUCACUUCCUGUUGACAUACUUGUUGCUUGACCUGAUUAAACGAUCCGCACCAGCCAGGAUCGUCACCGUGUCGUCUAUGGCUCACGCUUGGGGCUCCAUCAAUCUGGACGACAUCAACAGCGAGAAGAGCUACGACAAGACGAGAGCUUACUCCCAGAGCAAGCUGGCCAACGUCCUCUUCACCCGCUCGUUGGCUAAACGACUAGAGGGCACAGGUGUGACAACGUACUCUCUCCAUCCUGGCGUUGUUAAGACCGAUUUGGGGCGUCACCUGAACGGCCCUAUGCAGGUGCUCAUGAAGGUAUCCUCGCCUUUCCUCAAAAACCCUGUCCAGGGAGCUCAGACGACGAUCUACUGCGCUGUGGAACCGUCACUGGCGAAUGAAACCGGUCAAUACUACAGUGACUGUGCUCCUACCAGCCCCUCUUCUGCUGGACAAGACGACAACAUGGCGCAGAAGCUGUGGGAGCUGAGCUGCCGUAUGCUCUCCAUAACAUGGGAAUAAACCAACCUGGAAGGCCAAGAAAAACUUUAGCGUGUUUCUCUGCUAAAUGCUGCAAUAGAGCUGAUUUCACCACUACUGCCUGCCUGGAAAUAAGGUGCAGAUGACCUCAUACACUUGCAUUCAGUUUUAUAUUUUUCCAACAAUUGUUGUGUGUGUAUGUUUUACAUAAUAACAGUAUUUUAUCAAUAUAAGUGUAUAUUUUGUGUAAAGUUUAUGAUCUUGAUGUAUGCAAGUUACUGUAAGCUUAAAUAACUUUCUAUUCAUUUUGAUAAAAGCUGUGCAAAGGUUACUUCAAUGAUAUUGGUAGGAUAAUUCAGUGACACGUUCCUGUCUGUGUCUAAAGGAUUUUCUGUGCCUGUAUUUUCUGACAGUUAUGUUGUUGGGGUUGUCAUACUGUUACACACUAAAAUAUAAUAGAAUAAAAUAGAACAGAAAUAUUUUAUUGAUCCCUAUGGGGAAAUUCUGUUGUUACAGUAGCAAGCAGAAAGAGUAAAGUGACCACCACCAUAACAAAAAAAUAUAAAAUAUAAUAGAAGUAUAAGAGAGAAAUAUACUGAGAUACAAAAUGCACAAUAGUGUAAAACAUAGUGUGAAUAAAACAUUUACAAAAUUUGAAAAAAUGCACUGUGACGUGUCAGAUGCUAACGAAGUCCUGUGAAAAGCAGUGACUCUUUUGUAUACUUUUUAGUUUUUUCUACAACUUCUCUGGGUUUGUUUUCAAAUUUAUAUUUAGGAUUUAGUGCCAUUUAAGUAUUCAUUAUAAACUGGAUACUAUAUCUACUACAUUUGCCCAGCCAUUUUAUCUUUUUUUUUUUUUUUUAAUUUCUUUCUUUUUUUUGUUUUUGUUUAUUUUGUUUUAUCCAAUAAUUUAAUAAGAAUUUCAGAUACUUUUAUCAUACUGUACUAUUAGCUAUGGGAGUAUUGAAAAAGACUGUUGCACUAGUGUCCUAACAAUGCUGUAAAACUUGUGUGUCAAAGUGUUGUAUGUGAGUAGGUCAGAGUUUCAUUUAAGGCCUUGACCUUGAACCUACAUCUUAUACUGAUCCUUGCAUCAGUUUGUAGUGAAAGAAUAAAGCUGUUGCUAUCUACCACUAC